UGAAUCGCAACAAACAACAUGGCGGACGAGCAAAAUCUUGUUUUUGUCACUGUUGGCACUACAAGUUUUGAUCGUCUCGUUGAAACAGCUUCAAGUCCUACUAUAUGCGAGGUUUUUAAAAGACUCGGUUACAAAAAGCUUUUAUUACAAAUUGGGAGAGGAGAGUUUGAACCAGAAACUUGCUCAACUGGUCAGUUUACUGUAGAGUAUUAUCGAUAUAAAGAAUCCAUUGCAGACGAUAUCAGAAGGGCUUCGUUGGUCAUUAGCCAUGCAGGAUCAGGAACAACCCUUGAAGCACUCCAGGCGGGUCGUCAUCUCAUAGUCGUUAUCAAUGAAGACCUAAUGGGAAAUCAUCAGUUCGAAUUAGCAAAACAGUUAGCUAAAGACAAUCAUUUAUAUUACUCAACUUGCAGUUCAUUACAGGACGUUCUUGAAGAUCAAGACUUGAGUAACCUGGUMCCMUUUCCUCCUGGGAAUCCAAAAGUGUUUGGUUCAUACAUGAACUCUGUUAUGGGUUUGUCUGAUAAAUGAUAUGCUAUGAAGUAUAUAUACUAACCUAAACCCCAGUUUCACAAUCCCAGUGUGGCAAARACUGAUGGUUUGUGCAAUAUACAUGGAGAUUUGUGAAUACAUGUGCACUAAGGGCUGAGGUCGAUAAGAAGUGAAGCUACAGGGAGCCUAAAAUGGGCUAUAUACAGACAAAGUUGCAGACUCCUAUCCUUCAUUGCCUCUCCUUUUGCUAGGCUUUCUGUCCAUCCCAAUAGGAGGAAAUUUGAUGAUACCAAAAUGACUAGGCGUGAAGAGAAAUGAUGCUGAUAACUCUCGGUUGAGUUUUCUUCUCUAAUUCUAMACUUUAAGUUAGGGAUGACUUUUGUCAAAUGUAUUUCUAAAAAAAACGUACUUGUGAGUAAGCUGACAAUGUCUAGUAAGUUAUAUGAACAGUUCAAUAGGAUAGAUGCAAAUGUAGGGUUGUUAGGGCAUCUAAAAAUGUUUUACCCUCUAGUAAAAGACAGAUGAACUCUCAUAUCUCACAUACUUCAUUUGCCAAGAAAGUGGGUUCUGUAACUMCCUGCRCAAGACCCUGAAAUAGGCCAUUUGCAUUAUGGCUUAACUUUACUACAACAACCAGAGAACCUUGCACAUUUUCAAUGUUAUUCAGAUUUUUACUGUA